AGGAGGAGGAAGGGGAAGGGGAAGGAAGGGGGGAGGCCGCCGCCGCCAUGAACAGCGUGGGCGAGGCGUGCACCGAGCUGAAGCGCGAGUACGACCAGUGCUUCAACCGCUGGUUCGCGGAGAAGUUCCUCAAGGGAGAGAGCGGCGGGGACCCCUGCGGGCAGCUCUUCAAGCGCUACCAGCUCUGCGUGCAGAAAGCAAUCAAGGAGAAGGACAUACCCAUAGAAGGCUUGGAGUUCAUGGGCGCAAGCAAAGCGAAAACUGAAAACUCCUCUUGACUUCAGCUGUAUGGAUGGAGUCGCCUACGUGAGCCUUGGGACUGAAAGGUGACCAGACAGCAGACAGGACACCACCCGGAUAAGACCUGUGUGUUUAGGAAGCAAGGAAUGUGCUCAGCUUAUAAAAGCAAACUACCACAGGAAAAAAAUGGAUCACGUGGUAACUUCUGCCUCCUUUCGAACGAAUUUUGGUGGUGGUUCAGCAUCUAACAGCGUGAACAGACGGUUUAACUAACUUCCCAUUGAAUGUACCCUGUGACGGGAGAAUGCUUGUUGGGAUGUUGAACUUAGCAGUUGGUUUAUGACUCCUUUCUUUUGCUUAUUUAUAUAACACUUGAAAGUGUCUAAAAAGAGUGUGAAGAAGGUUAAUUUCCUUUGUCUCAUCUCUGUGGUGCUGGAUUUUGGUGGAAGAAAUUUGAUUUAUAUGAUCCUGAAUGCUUAGGGGCUAAAGCAUUGUUUUGUGUCAGCAACAGAGAUGGUAGAAAAGCACUUUUGCUGGACCUGCAAUAACUUAGCUAAAAUAAAUAUAACCCAGUUAUACUUCGUUCAAGUGUGUAAGGGUCUGGUAGAAUCUGGUUAUAACCUCCAACGGGGACAGAGGUGGCCUGCAACAGAAGCUGAAGAGAACACACUGAACCUGGAGGCUGCUUUCUUUGGCCUUUUCUGAGGUACAGAAACAAACCUGAACUUGAAUUCUCUCCCCUGUAGCGUUACAUAUCCUUGCAGUGAAACUGCACAGACCUGGCCAUCUUUCUGCACACUACCACUAAGCACCCAGUUGGCCACAGUCCCUAUUAGGUUUUUGCUUGAUGCAGUUAAAAUAUGUCUUAAAAGAGAGCAACAUUGAUUGAAGCUUGACAAAUGUUAAAAGCUCCAGCUGCCUGUACUGCCUCUUGGGGAACACCUCACCUGCUCAUGAAACUGCCCUUGGACCAUGUAACUAGGUGUGUACAUACACCUAGCAAAGAGCUGGCUUGUAAACUACAGAAACUCUGAGCAAGUUACUCGUUAGGUAGCAGGAGUGACUUCUGACUGGUUGAAAUGCUCGGCUGACUUGCCAGGUACCCCUCUGUGUAACCUGACAGUGGGCAUUGGGCACUUGUUUUUCCUAAAUCAGGUAUCUGAAAUCCUCUUCCUUUCACUGGCAGUGGAGGAGUUAAGGAAGCUUCUCAGCAGAAGGUUGGUGGGUACUUCUCUUGUAGUUGUGAAGGAGUUAUUAGGAAUUACCUUUUUCCUCUCCAAAUCUGUUUCAUACUCUGUCCAUCCUGAGCUAUUUCAGCAGCAGAGCUUUACUCCUGUGGAUCUUGCAGCAGCUUGAGGAAGGGUGUUCGGAAGAGAAGCAAGGGAUCAGAACCUACCGCUCCUCAUCCAGUGGCCUGUGGAGCGCCACUGGGGCAGGGAUCAGCCAAACUGUCCCCUCUGCACCAACACAGCUAAGAGAGUACAAAAUAUUCUGGACUGGGGACAACAGGGAAGUGAACUUCCUAAUUGUCCUAGAAUAACAGUGAGGAAAAAAGUGAGUAUCAUGCUCUUAAGCACUAUUAGAAGGGUCAUUCAGUGGCUUUUUUUUUUUUUUAAUUAAAAAGAUGGAGUUCUCAAGCCAAAGCUGGCUUGUCUGCACCACAGCUUCUGAGUAACUACUGCAGCCACAGAGCAGCCUGGUACUUGUGCGGACCAGAAAUGACAGCACACGGGGGCUACACACAUUGUGCCCCGUGUCUUCAGUGAUGGCCUUAGCAUCACUCACACAGCCCAGGUGAACCACACUCGCUCACGGUGCAUCAGACAGCUGGCAGAGCAAUCUGUACGGGGCUGAACGGAGCACGUACCAAAUAAGCUGUUACCGCUUGCUGCUGGGUCACUCAGGUGUAAAUAAAACCAACUUUUGGUUGGUAAGGUAAGGGACGUCUCCAGGAGCAGCACAAAUAGCGUUUUAGGGUCUGUCGAGUAGGUGGUGGUGUUUUUUUUAAGGAAUAAUACAUCCAACCACUUUGCUUUUCUAUAACCUUCAUGUAGGAAUAAAUGUGGUGUUAUCUUGCCAGCUAGCUCUGAAAUAACUGUACCCAUUUGUGCCUUGUUCUUUAUAUUUUAAUAUAUAAAAGCUUGUCUGAAGUCA